AUGGCUUGUAGUCGUGCUCUGGGGCUUGGUUGCCGCCGAGCAGGGCCCAACGGACCCCUGGCGCAGCGGGCGAGGGUCUUGCUCCACGUGGUACUUCUCGAAGAGGGGAUUGGUCUGGACGCCAUCAACGAUGCCUUCCUCCUCGAGUCGUCUGUCUACAGGCUGCUGAAGAAGUACUGUGGGGAGCGCCCCUACUACCUGCACCUGCUGGAGCUGUUCUUGCAGACUGGGUACCAGACUGAGCUCGGGCAGAUGCUGGACCUCAUUACUGCUCCCGUUUCCCAGGUGGAUUUGAAUCGCUUCAGCGAGCAGAGGUAUAAGGCAAUCGUUAAGUACAAGACGGCGUUCUACUCCUUCUACCUGCCUGUGGCCGCUGCCAUGUACAUGACUGGGAUUGACAGUAAGGAGGAGCACGACAAUGCCAAAGCGAUCUUGCUGGAGAUGGGCGAAUUCUUUCAGAUCCAGGACGAUUACCUCGACUGCUUUGGGGACCCGGAGCUGACGGGGAAGGUUGGCACUGAUAUCCAGGACAACAAGUGCAGCUGGCUGGUGGUGGAGUGUCUCCGUCGGGUCACACCAGAGCAGAGGCAGAUCCUGGAGGAGAACUAUGGCCGUAAGGAGCCCGAGAAGGUGGCAAAGGUGAAGGAGCUCUAUGAGACUCUGGGCAUGAGGGCCGCUUUUCAGGAGUACGAGGAGAACAGCUAUCGGCGCCUGCAGGAACUGAUCAAAAAGCACGCCAACCGCCUGCCCAAGGAGAUCUUCCUUGGCCUAGCCCAGAAGAUAUACAAGCGGCAGAAAUGA